AUGCCCGCCGUGCUCUUCUCCGAAGUAACGUCUGUACCUGUAUUAGGAAAUCGUAGCAUUUUAAUCUGCAAUCCUUUCCCUAAAGAAUUUGGAGAAAUUUAUCGAAAGGGUAUGGUAAUGUUCAAAUUUUUAGCAUAUUACUUGAUACCAUUGUGCGUAAUAGCUAUUUUCUAUUUGAGCAUGACAUGGCAUCUAACAUUGUCAACUAGAAAUAUGCCAUGCGAACUUCCCGGUUCUGAUCUUCACGAACAGAUAAAGGCGCGCAAAAGGGUGGGCAAAAUGGUAGUGUGUUUUAUAAUAAUUUUUGUGAUUUGUUUUCUACCAUAUCACAUAUAUGUGCUCUGGUUCCAUUUUAAUCCAACGGCCAUGGACGAUUUUAAUUCUUACUGGAACGCCUUUAGGGUAUUUGGUUUCUGCCUCAGUUUCAUCAAUAGCUGUGUUAAUCCCAUUGCUCUUUACUUAAUUAGCCGCACGUUUCGUCAAAAGUAA